CACUGGGUGACUUACCCCGAGGGCUGAGUCACAUCCCGCCCAGCAGGGGCUUAUUGCCAAAUCCCAGCUCUUGGUGGGGAAACUGCAGAGCCCCGGGGAGAUUUAUUUCUCCACAGUCCAGCCUCAGCCGCAGAGAGGAGCCAGGAUCGUCCUGCCCGCCAGACCCACCAUCCAACCCGUGCCAGGCUCUAGCUCCAGGAUCUCUGUCACCAGCCGUCCCACACUGUCCGGAUGGAGCGGGCUCGUCUUUCCCCUUCUUUUCUUUUGCUCCUUCUGCUCUUACAGCCUGGCGGCUACUCCGGAGCCACCACGGAUGACGAGGAGCUGACGGGGAUCCUGGGAGGCUCGGUCACUUUUCCCCUGAGGAUCCCCGCCCCGCAGAAGUUGAAACACGCAGCCUGGAUGGUCAACACAUCGACAAGCAUCGCCACCGUCACCGGAGGGAACCCGCCCCGCCUCCGGGUUUUUCACCCGGCCUUCGAGGGACGCCUGAGAGUCCCUGAGCAGAGCCACUCGCUGCAGCUCCGCAGCCUGCGCACGGAGGACACAGGCAGCUACAGCGUGGAAUUCAGCACAGACACAGAGGACUUCGUCUACAGGGAAUUCACGCUGCGCGUCUCCAAAGGGCAGCUGCCGCCCACCAUCGCCUGUGACUCAGUGGCCUGUGAGAAUGACGCCUGUAGCUACACUCUGCACUGCGCCAUCAGGGAUGGAGGGGAGAACGUGAGUUACAGCUGGAGUCACACGCCCAGCCACAUUAUAUCCAGGGUCUCUGUUGUGCACAUCCGGCAGCGGCACCAGGCUGCUCACGAGAAUUUCACCUGCACGGCACAUCUCCCUGACGGCAACAGCUCCAGCACAGUCUCCCCAAAGGACGUGUGCACAGAGCAAGUGCCGGAGACUAUGAUCAUUUGCGACUCAGUGCGCUGUGCCCACGGAGCCUGUAACUACACGCUGCGCUGCAUUGCCAGGGAGCGAGGGGGAAACGUAGGCUACACCUGGACUCGGGGCCCCCGCGGGGCGGUCGUAUCCACCGGACCUGUUCUACAAUUCUCUCUCAGACCUUUCGAGGAUCUCCCGGCCGUCACCUGCACAGCCCGGCACCCCGCGAGUAACAGCUCCAGGACCGUCUCCUCCAUGGAGCUGUGUCCAGAUUUCGCAUCACAACCAUCCCUGGCCUCGUCACUGUCCUACGGCCACGUGGGCCUGCUGCUGGUGCUGGUCCUGGGCACCGGGGUCGUGGCGUAGCCGCCCCAGCAACCGCGAGCAGAGACGGGACCGAGAGCAGAGGAGUUGCUACUGUGACUGCUAAUCCCGCCUAGUGCCAGCAUCCUCCAGCCUGCCAGGCAUGGGCGGCGGGUGUGUGAGGGGAUGGGAGGGGCGGCUCUUCCCAAACAACCAGCCUGGCCCUGCCACAACCAGCCCCCAGAACCCCUGCUGUAAGAGUACAGGUGGGCAGAGUGAGCUGCCCCUGAGCCCUGUCCUGUGGGCCGGGAAGGUGCAGGCCACGUGGCCUCUCUCCCCAGUGCUCCGGGGUCGGGCAGGCUGGGGCCACGUGGCCUCCCUCCCCAGUGCUCCGGGGUCGGGCAGGCUGGG